AUGGCCAACAAUGGAUAUGAUAGCUCUUCUAGUGAUGAGACAAGUGCCAACAUAAUGUUUUUGGAAAUGUUCGAAAACUACCAAAGGAAAAAAGCAGCGAAGAAUAAGGAGAAGACCUCGAUGGUUGUCCAUGGGGUACAUCAUCAUGACGACGUACUAUACCAAGAGAUCGAAUUUUGCAUGAGGCAUGAGUUGUUUAAUCGAAUAAUGGAACAAAUUGUCCCUUUCGACGAUUACUUCAAACAAAAACCUAAUGCCACUAGAAAGCUUAGUUUCUCACCACAAGUGAAGAUGACAGCCGCCAUGCGUAUGCUUGCAUAUGGUACAGCAGCUGACCUCAAUGAUGAUUACUUGAAGAUAGCAAAGACCACAUUCUUUGAAGCUUGCAAGAGAUUCUGUCAUGUAGUCAACAACUUAUACGGAGCUGAAUAUCUUCGUAAACCAACGAGGGCGGACCUACAAAAACUGCUCCAAAAAGCUGAGGAACGGGGGUUUCCUGGCAUGCUAGGAAGCCUUGACUGCAUGCAUUAG